GCUGGCACCAAGCCUCCUCCUCCCCGCUCGCCCCCAGAUUCCCUCCCCUCCGCCUUGCUUUUGUCUGGAGGGUGCUAUGCUAUGCGUGUGCGUGUGCGCGCGCGUGUGUGUGAGCGUGUGUGUUUUUGGAUUUCAUACUAAUUUUCUGGAGUUUCUGCCCCUGCUCUGCGUCAGCCCUCACGUCACUUCGCCAGCAGUAGCAGAGGCGGCGGCGGCCGCCGGUUAGAGCCCAGUCGCUGCUUCAGCUGCUGCUGCUGCUUCAGCUCUGCUCCCUGCGCUUGCUACGGGAGGCCGGGGGAGCCGCGCGGACAGUCCUGGUGGCCUGGGCUGGCACUGUCCUGCUACUGCAGUUGCUCCCCAGCCCUGAGGUGCGCACCGAUAUCGAUAUCCGUGCCGGUUUAGCGGUUCUGCGACCCAAAGAGUCCAGAGAGAUCCACCGAGUGGUGCCUGGCGUAUAGAAUCAUGCAGCCGCCUUGUGGCUCGGAGCAGCAGCCCGCGAUGUCCCAGCCACUGUGAACAAUUUGGUCAGCGCCAACCUGCUCAGCCCAGCACCGACCGCUCAGCCUCUGGUACGCACCACUCCGCGGGAGGCCACCAGCACCAAGCAGCAAGAGGGCUCAGGGAAGGCCUCCCCCCUCCGGCGGGGGACGCCUGGCUCAGCGUAGGGACACGCACUCCGACUGACUGGCACUGGCAGCUCGGGAUGUCGCCCUGGCCGAGGUGGCAUGGACCCGCCAUGGCGCGGCUCUGGGGCUUAUGCUUGCUGGUCUUGGUAUUCUGGAGGGCCUCUCUCGCCUGCCCCGUGUCCUGCAAAUGCAGUUCCACUAGGAUUUGGUGUACUGAACCUUCUCCUGGCAUCGUGGCAUUCCCGAGGUUGGAACCUAACAGCGUUGACCCUGAGAACAUCACCGAAAUUCUCAUUGCAAACCAGAAAAGGCUAGAAAUCAUCAAUGAAGAUGACGUUGAAGCAUACGUGGGGCUGAAAAACCUCACAAUUGUGGAUUCUGGCUUAAAGUUUGUGGCUUACAAAGCGUUUCUGAAAAACAGCAACCUGCAGCACAUUAAUUUCACACGAAACAAGUUGACGAGUUUGUCCAGGAGACAUUUCCGCCACCUUGACUUGUCUGACCUGAUUCUGACGGGCAAUCCGUUCACGUGUUCCUGUGACAUUAUGUGGCUCAAGACCCUCCAGGAGACUAAAUCCAGCCCCAGUGCUCAGGAUUUGUACUGCCUCAACGAGAGCAGCAAGAACACGCCCCUGGCAAACCUGCAGAUACCCAAUUGUGGUCUGCCAUCUGCACGUCUGGCUGCUCCUAACCUCACUGUGGAGGAAGGAAAGUCUGUGACCCUCUCCUGCAGUGUGGAGGGUGACCCACUCCCCACCUUGUACUGGGAUGUUGGGAAUUUGGUUUCCAAACACAUGAAUGAAACCAGCCACACACAGGGCUCCUUAAGGAUAACGAACAUUUCAUCUGAUGACAGUGGAAAGCAAAUCUCUUGUGUGGCAGAAAACCUUGUGGGAGAAGAUCAAGAUUCUGUGAACCUCACUGUGCAUUUUGCACCAACUAUCACAUUUCUCGAAUCUCCAACCUCAGACCACCACUGGUGCAUUCCAUUCACUGUGAGAGGCAACCCUAAGCCAGCACUUCAGUGGUUCUACAAUGGGGCCAUACUGAAUGAAUCCAAGUACAUCUGUACUAAGAUACACGUUACCAAUCACACGGAGUACCAUGGCUGCCUCCAGCUGGAUAAUCCCACUCAUAUGAAUAACGGAGACUACACCCUGAUGGCCAAGAAUGAGUACGGGAAGGAUGAGAGACAGAUCUCCGCUCACUUCAUGGGCCGACCUGGAGUUGACUACGAGACAAACCCAAAUUACUCUGAAGUCAUCUAUGAAGAUUGGACCGCACCAACUGACAUCGGGGAUACUACGAACAAAAGUAAUGAAAUCCCCUCCACGGAUGUUGCCGACCAAAACAAUCGGGAGCAUCUCUCGGUCUAUGCCGUGGUGGUGAUCGCGUCUGUGGUGGGAUUCUGCCUGCUGGUGAUGCUGCUCCUGCUCAAGUUGGCAAGACAUUCCAAGUUUGGCAUGAAAGAUGUCUCAUGGUUUGGAAUUGGGAAAGUAAAGUCAAGACAAGGUGUGGGCCCAGCUUCAGUCAUCAGCAACGACGAUGACUCUGCCAGCCCCCUCCACCACAUCUCCAAUGGGAGUAACACUCCAUCUUCAUCGGAGGGCGGUCCCGAUGCUGUCAUUAUUGGAAUGACCAAGAUUCCUGUUAUUGAAAACCCCCAGUACUUUGGCAUCACCAACAGUCAGCUCAAGCCAGACACAUUUGUCCAGCACAUCAAGAGACACAACAUCGUUCUGAAGCGGGAGCUUGGAGAAGGAGCCUUCGGGAAAGUUUUCCUGGCAGAGUGCUACAACCUCUGCCCGGAGCAGGAUAAGAUCCUGGUGGCUGUGAAGACGCUGAAGGACGCCAGCGACAACGCACGCAAGGACUUUCAUCGCGAAGCUGAGCUGCUGACCAACCUCCAGCACGAGCACAUUGUCAAGUUCUAUGGUGUCUGUGUGGAGGGUGACCCACUCAUCAUGGUCUUUGAGUACAUGAAGCACGGGGAUCUCAACAAGUUCCUUAGGGCACACGGGCCGGAUGCGGUGCUGAUGGCAGAGGGUAACCCGCCCACCGAGCUGACGCAGUCGCAGAUGCUGCACAUCGCUCAGCAAAUCGCAGCAGGCAUGGUCUACCUGGCAUCCCAACACUUCGUGCACCGUGACCUGGCCACCCGGAACUGCCUGGUGGGAGAGAACCUGCUGGUGAAAAUUGGGGACUUUGGGAUGUCCCGGGAUGUGUACAGCACCGACUACUACCGGGUCGGUGGCCACACUAUGUUGCCCAUCCGAUGGAUGCCUCCAGAGAGCAUCAUGUACAGGAAAUUCACCACCGAGAGUGACGUCUGGAGCCUGGGAGUUGUGUUGUGGGAGAUCUUCACCUACGGCAAGCAGCCCUGGUACCAGCUAUCAAACAAUGAGGUGAUAGAGUGCAUCACCCAGGGCAGAGUCCUUCAGCGGCCUCGAACAUGUCCCCAGGAGGUGUAUGAGCUAAUGCUGGGAUGCUGGCAGCGGGAGCCGCACACGAGAAAGAACAUCAAGAGCAUCCACACCCUCCUUCAGAACUUGGCCAAGGCAUCUCCCGUCUACCUGGACAUCCUAGGCUAGGGUCCUUCUCCUCCCCAGACAGUCCUUCCCAAGGCUCUCCUCGGACUGGCCGACACGACGAACCUCUUAACUGCCGCUGACGUCACGACCUUGCCGUCCUUUGCUCUGACAGUGUUAACAGGACCAGGAGCGGCUCUCUGGGGUGGCAGUGUGUGCUUCUCCGUCCACAGACAGUAUUAACUCGCUUCUGGCAUUGUCUCUUUCUCUUCCCUGGGUUUGUUUCUUUCAUUUGCCCCUUCUCCUUUACUUACUUAUUUAUUUAUUUUUGGUCUUCACUGCUUCACGGCCCUCAGCCUCUCUCCUUGACCAAUCUGGCUUCUGCAUUCCUAUUAACUGUACAUAGACAAAGGCCUUAACAAACCUAAUUUGUUAUAUCAGCAGACACUCCAGUUUGCCCACCACAACUAACAAUGCCUUGUUGUAUUCCUGCCUUUGAUGUGGAUAAAAAAAGGGAAAAAUCAAACAUCUGACUUAAGCCGUCACUUCCGAUAUACAAACGCGGGGUGUUUCUAUGGAUUCACUUCUAUUUAUUUAUUAUUUAUUUAUUUACUACUCUUCUUAUUGUUUUUUUUUCUGGUGGUUAUAACCUGUGUAUGAGAAGGAAAAGUUGUGUACAAUCUGGGGAAACUUUAUCUGUGGGAAAUGAAAACCAGAGAGAGAGAGAGAGAGAGAGAAGCUUUACCAUAAAUCACGGCUUGAGCAAGACAGAGACAAGCCAUGGGAUGAGCCAGAGUCUGUCGCACUUAGGAAAACCCAGCAGCCAUUAGCUGGAGGAGCGUGCUUAGCACCGUCUCACAAGGACCUUUCUGAGGAGGACACAGGAUGUUGAACUCUGCAUCAUGGGCAGAGCUUCCAAUCACAAAUACCGGCCUGCAAUGGAAAGAAAAGACAGUUCCCGUGGGGCCCGCAUGGACGAACAGCACAUCCUACGUUGUGGUCGGGCACCGUGACAGAGCUGAUGUGUUUCUCAAGGGGUUAUCUACCAAGCUUUUAUGAAGCUCAACUGAAGGAGGUAGAUUCUUGCUCAGAUAUAAUUUCAGGAAAACCCAAGUCCUUGACAAACACAGGAGACGCUCUCAAUUUGGAGGCAAGUUUCUCUUACCUUGAACUUUUUCAGACAGCAACUCCCUCCAGCCCCACCUUCCACUCUCGCCUGUCUUGUAGCUGUGCAAACAAAAGUGUGCAUGGUCUUUGUCAAUUGAUACCUAUGUGCACCUGUGUGCAGAAACCGUUGUUCCAGCUGUGGUGCCUGAUUAGCAGGGCAGAUCUGUAAAAGGUCUAACCUGGGCAGCUUCUGGAAGUUAACCAGAUCUGUAGCUGGAAGCGCUCUCCAGUAGGCAGGGAAGGGUUUACUGAGUAGGCCUGCUGAAGCCUGGAUACCUUCAGCCACCUCAAACCUACCAGGCUGCAGGACAGGCACAUCCCCGAGGGAAAGGGGAGCUCUCUUGGGAUACCGCCUGAGUUGACGUUCAGCGUUCUCAGGUCAAGUCUCUUGCUCGGGGCUCUGUUUGGGGAGAGUGGUUUCAUUCCAACGUACUCAUUAUCAGUAUGCUGUUUUGUUAAUUAUACUCCAUUAAAAAGUUAAAAAAAAAAAAAGAAUUAAGCCUUGACACUGUAUGGCUAAUGGGAGGCUGUGCCCAGACUAAGCCUGGAGAUUUGUGUCUGCACAUGGUCAUUGGUUUUCCUAAAAGAGAGGGUAAAUUUAUAGAGAAAUUUACAGUUAUUUGGGUAGUCAUUUAGACCGAGGGAGACCAGUGUUUCCAUUUCUCUGCCCCCCUCUGUGAGGGGAAGUUUGACUAACUUGACACCUUACUAACCCGAGCCAGAUAGGAAGGGAGUGACUUAAUUCACCUUAGAACAUUUUAUUUGGUGUUUAUUUCCGAAGGUGCAAGAGCUCUGCAUAGGUUUCAUUUGUGCCCUUUCAUUUCUGGAGCACUGUGUUUUCUAGCAGAAAUUCUGAGAGCCGGUUCUCACAAUAAAACUUUAAAGACUGUGUAAAUUGACAGAGAGCAGAAGGCGAUUCAGGAGGCCCACUCAAGCAAGCGGUCACACAAGGCAGAUACCAUGGCCCUUUCUGUUGCGCUGGCCCAUGACAGAUGGGAGCUAUUUUGUCCUCUUCGUCCAUUAAAACAACCCCUCCAGAAUACCUAUAAUAAUAUAACGAAAGCCAUAUCUCUGUGAUCUAUACCAUUAAGUAUAGAUCAUUAAAGGACCCAUGGUACUGUCAGGCACUGUGGAACUGCGAGAUGGCAGAAAAGCAAGGGCACAUUUGUACAUGCUCCUCCAGUUUCUGCUAGCCAUGACCUAUGAACUCACACAGGUCUGUUGCUCCGAGUCUCACCAGCUGCCCUGGGAGGAAAAGCUGCAAGAUGCUCAGCAGAGAGCAAAGGAGAUGGCAGCAUUGUAAAAGACCAAGGCUAGGGAGGCCAUGCAGGUUUACACCAAAGGUCUGUACUGAGAAUGUGGGAGCGUUCCAUUCCAGUUUUGCAUUUUCCUCAGCAAGAAAAAGAGAGCAGAGAGAAAGGGGGAGGGGAGAAAGAUGGAAAGAAAGGAGAUGGAGAGAAAGGAAAGGGAGAGAAGAGGAGAGGAGUGAAGAGGAGAGGAGAAGAGAGGAGAGGAGAGAGAAGGAGAGGGAGAGGGAGGAAGGGAGAGAGGGGGGAGAGAGAGAGAUUCCUUAUACUUUUUGGCAAAUCCCUGAAGGUCUCAAAAUGAAAGUGUCUAUGCAAGUGCAAAUUUCUACAGUUAUCUAUACUAAUUAUUAUUGUUAUUAAUUAUUCUUAUUAUUAUCACCAGUCUCUGUUGUCUCAAGAAUAUGUACAGAUUUCAAAGCAUUAAAGAGUAUUUGGUUGCUUUUAAAGUAGUUGGGUGAGCCAAGGACACCUUAAGAUAAUUGUCACUGUUCAUCUACUAUCUCCUUUCUCGUGGUGUUUUAAGAUUUAGAAAAGAAACAUUCUCGUUCUAAAACAUAUCCCUCUCCAUAAAGGACAAAGAAAAACGGUGUUAGCAAACCAAAAACUCCCCCUGACGCCUGUCUGACAUCCAAUCCAUUUCUCAACCGCUUGAUGAUUUCCAAGCACUUUUUGCAUAUGUUGUCAAAUUAUUCAUAUUUUUUUUUUUUGGUGAGGGAAUGGAGACUCAGAAGCUCAGAGGACAAACAUAGACUUCCCCCUAGACUGUCCACCAGACAUGCUAACAUAUAAACACGACAGCCGGGGAGGAAACGUGCUAGCAGCUUGGAUGAAGCAGGGUGGAAGGUUAGCACAGAAGGAGACCCAUGCAGUGCACGCAGAAGAGAUGCUACAUCAUGUGCUUCUGCUCCUGGCUUCUGCUGACUCCCAGUGUUGCACUCAGCCUCAUUUAGGAAAAAACUGCUUCAAACACUCCUCUCCAGGGUUCUGUCAGAACUCGUGCACACGUGCUCACACCAGCCCCGCUUGUGAUGUUUUCAUGUACUUAUAUAUAAAUAUAUACAUAAUAUGUGUUAUAAACACUUGAUUUAUACAUAUACAAAUGCACACAUGUAGUGUGUUUGUGUGUUUAUGUAUAAACCUAUAGGCACAUGGUAAUAGAAUAAUUAUAAGUAGGGUGCAAUAUGAAUAAUUUGCUUAAUAUUUGCUAAGUAACCAAAACGUUCCAACGUCAUGUGGCAGUUCAUAUUUCCUGUGGGUAAGGACUACACCACACUUUCAGCUCUGUGCAGUCCUUGGAUGGAAGAUGUGUUGAAAAAAAAAAAUCACAUAUUCCCUGAAACAACUGACUGAAAGCCAUCCUCUACAUUGAAUCUGUUCUCUGGCUCUUUGCAAAGGAAAAUUGCAGACAAAUGUUCUCCUAAUGUCCAAGUCCUGGGAAGGAGAAGUGGGUUUUCUCUUCUUGCACAUUUGGAUUGCGCUCACCUUUCCUGGCUCUACGCCCUUUACACUGAGCUCAGAGACUGAGCAUUCUAGACCCAAGCUGCAGGGCCGUAGGGAGGCAAGUGUCUUCGAGGCUGAUAGCAAAACAUCCAAGAAUCUAUAGCAAGAUGGGCAGCUCGAAGUCACCCCUGAUCUACACGGCAAGCCAGAGGCAUGGCGGGUGUGCAAUGCUGUUCCUCUCAAGGACUGGACAGCAGGGUUCCUGGUCAAGGGCAGACUUUUCCUAACCUUCUCCUUUAGCAAUUGGCACUGCCAGCAGUACCUGGCAUUAAGUCAAGUCUAAUUUCUAAAAUGGCAGCGCAGACCCGUGUGCCCUCAUUGCUCUGCCCCCAAGCCCCUCAUCCGCUAUUAGAGGGCUUCAGUUUUCAAACUUGACCUUCCAUUUGGCCCUGUAUUGUGGUUAAAGGAAAUCUCAAGAGAGGAAUGGCUAAUUGACCUAAAUCCCAGAUGUCCAAGUUUGCAGUGAAAGGCAAUUCUUCCCAAUGUAUAACUGGAAUGUAGAGACUCAGGUCGUGAUAGUUCAUACAUGAAUCUCAGAUGCUAUUGUAAAGAACUGGGAUGGGAGGGAUUCAUCCUUAAGCCAAUAAUUGUGCAGGAGGGCGUGGCUGAUCUUUAAGCCAAUAGUAGUGCAGGAGGGCGUGGCUGUUGUCGGGGCUGGAAUCCAUCACUGCUGCUGAAGUCCAGAGUUCUCGACUCUUCUCAGCUGUUGAGGCCUUCAUUCUUUCCCUUCGGCGUUAUUUAUUUAUUUAUUUAUUUAUUUAUUUAUUUAUCAACUUUCGGUCCAUUCAUCACAAACAUGAAGCAAAAAAUUUUUUUACAUAUAUGUAAAUGUGUUGCAAGUGAAACACUGUGAAUCUCACAACCACCUCCAAGCAACUAUGCUGCCAUCUUGACGUGCGUCUCAGGAGCAGAGACCCAGAAAGACGAGGACGUCAUUUUGCAGCCUACACGUUCUGGGCCAGGUCCGUGUUCGUUUUAUUUCUUUGGUCUGUGAGUUAAGAAAACGAUCCGAGCGGAGGUGAGGGAAUGUUCCGCAAGCUCGGUGAAGCAGCACGAGCUCCUCGCAGCUAUAGGUUCGAGCAGGAAGGAAAACCAUGGGAGAUGGAGAAGGGAAAUUUGAUGGAGGGGGGGCUCUGUCUUACAGCUCGUGUAGCUUACUGUUGCUUAAAACGUAUACAACAGCUGGAAAUGUUUUCAACACAAGGUAUUUGAAUUAAAUGUGAAUCUUAAAUAUGUACUCCCUUAAGGAAUGAACAUAUUAUGGUGAAAUAUUGCUCCCCGCGUCCCCUACAAAUCUGCCUAGAGAUGUGGAUGCCUACAUUUGCUUAAGCAUCAGACCGAUGUUUGUAUAUACCCGGGCCAUACACACUCAUUUCGACGUCUCUGUGAGGAUGUACUUCCCCUUCACUGGUGACCUGGUAUUUAGAACUCUGUCUUUUCAGUUGGUUUAUUCCCCUUUAAUGUGAUGUCUCUGUGCCGAUUAUUACCGGUUCUUACUUGUUUUUGCAAUCCGUUUUGAGGUCUAGUGCUUUACUGAGACUCAUUGCAUCUUGGCUGAUUUCAAAGUGACACCCGAAUACAGUGUUUUAAAAAAAAGUUUGUUUGUAAAUCAUGUGACCAGCUUCUCUCAACCUGACAUGGAAUGUCUCUUGUACUACAGUGUAUUUAAUAAUAAAAAAAAAAGAUGUCUUACAAUAAAUAACAUCCUCCACAAGA